CCCGGCCCCGCCGCCGCCCUGCUCCCCGGCCCGGCCCGCUGCGCCCCCGCCCCCUUCGCCGGCUUCCCGGGCCGGGGCCCCGGGCCCCCCGCGCCGGCCCCCGACCGCCUGGGCCCGCCGGCGCCCCCCGCAGGCCCGGCCGCCCCGCCGGCGUCGCAGCGCCGCAAGCGCACGGCGUUCCGCCCCGAGCAGCUGCGGCUCCUGGAGCUGGUGUUCCGCCGGACCGCGUACCCCGACAUCCAGCUGCGCGAGCGCCUGGCCGCGCUCACCCUGCUGCCCGAGGCCCGGGUCCAGGUCUGGUUCCAGAACCGGCGCGCCAAGUCGCGGCGCCAGAGCGGGAAGUCCUUGCCGCUGGCAGCCCGGCCCGCGCUCCUCGCCCACCCCGCGGCCCCCGGAACCGGCAUCGGAACCGGAACCGGCACCGGCCCCGGAGCGCUGUGCCCGAAGCCGCAGCCGCCUCUGCAGGUCGAUGUGAACCGCCUGCCCUCGGACCCGGGCUCCCGAGGCCAGCACUGCGGCCCCUGCGCGCUCCCCGAGGACGUGGCCUCCGAGCUGGGCUCCUGGGAGCCGCACCUGCUCUCCGCCUUCGGCAGCUCGUGAGGGCCUGGAACCCGGGACACCCGGCACCAGCCCGGCAGCAGAGCCCGGGCCGACCUCUCCGGCUUCACACCGAGGACGUCACGUUCAUCUCCGAGACCACCUGUCCCUGUGCGGCUCCUCCCUCUGCCCGAAGCCAGCCCGGGCCCAGGUGUUCUCUGUACCCCUUCUCCCCGCACCGUCACCGGGCUCAGCCCCACCGUAACCCGGCCUCAGCCCCACCGUCACGGGCCCGGCCUCCCUGUCACCGGGCUCGGCCUCCCCUGUCACCGGGUCCGGCCUCCCUGUCACCGGGCCCAGCCUCCCCUGUCACCGGGCCCGGCCUCCCUGUCACCGGGCCCGGCCUCCCUGUCACCGGGCCCGGCCUCCCCUGUCACCGGGCCCGGCCUCCCCUGUCACCGGGCCCAGCCUCCCCUGUCAGCCUCCCCUGUCACCGGGCCCGGCCUCCCCUGUCAGCCUCCCCUGUCACCGGGCCCGGCCUCGCCUGUCAGCCUCCCCUGUCACCGGGCCCGGCCUCCCCGUCACCGGGCCCGGCCUCCCCGUCA